CCAAGUUCACUUCCUUCAUUUGAAUAGCUGCAACAAACCAAAACUUGCUUGAAUUCUUUGUUUGUUUGUUUAUAUUUUCAUAAAGUAGGUAUUUAUUGAAGAAAACAAGAGCUGAACUGCUUCAAGCAUUGCUUUAUUCAGCGUUUUGAACUUUCAAUUCUGGCAACGAAAUUGAAAAAUUUAUAACUUGCUAUCGGCUAAAUAAGAUCCAAUAUAAACGACUUUAUUAGCAUUUUAUAUAGAGGAGAAACGUUAUUUGCUGAAGGCUUCCAUUCUUCAAAAAUUAUUGUUUACCUCAUUCUCGUUCGUAUAAACGGUCAUAUCAGUCAUUCCUAUUGAAAAUAUUACGAACAACGAUCAUUAUUCUUAAAUUCUCAGGAACUCUUCCUAUUUAUAAAACAAGUAAAAAAUCAUGGAAGGGAUGCAUAUGAAUUCCACCGGGGACAUCCCUAUCGAAUAUGACUUUGAAAACUAUGCUAAUCAUAUGAACAAAUAUCUUUGGGCACAUAUAAUCUGUAUGAUAAUAGCUUAUGUCUUUAUUCUGCCAACCGGAAUCGUUUUGGCCAUGGCAAAAAGUAAGGCCCAUAUUCCGGUUCAAGUGACCUAUGUCUUAUUAACCCUCGUUGGAUACAUUUUUGCUCAUCUUUCUCACCAUCAUGCCUCUCAUACUGAUUAUUACAAGGGAAAUAUUCAUCGUCCUGUAGGAAGGGUAUUUAUGUGGAUGACAUUUCUAAUCGCGGUCUUUGGAAUUGUUACGGCUUUUCUCAAACGUAAGCUUCUGAAGGGUUAUGUUCCCAAAGAACCAGUUAAUUCAUCACCAGUUGAUGGGGGGAGAACAUUGCAUUCAAUGAAAAACAGUAUGAGUUAUGAUGCUCCUCUUCUAGAAAAUGAAGAUACUCAAGAAGAUCUGGAGACGCUUGACGAAGGUACCAGCCGUAGGAAUAAAAACCAGACCUUUCUUUUUACCAAUAUGAAAAAUUUAAUUGGUGGAAAAGGAAAGGGUGUUUUCUUAACAGUAUUAAGUUAUACCCACAAGACUUUAGGUCAUUUAUGGUUGUACAUGGGCUUUUUCGAAGUUUGUACUGGAAUUGUUUUACUUGCCGGAAUCUUCAAGGGAAGUCAUGUUUUCAACGGCCUUGCCCACUGGAUUAAGGGUGGCCUUUUCCUUUGGUACGGGAUUCUUUCUUUCGGGGAAUAUCUUGGUGCUUUUGCUGAGUAUGGCUGGGCGUGGAACCUUCGUCCAAAAAUAAGCCAAAGUGGACUUGCAAGAUUCAUACCAAGUAAGGAAAUGGUUGAAUCUUCCAUUCUGUUUACUUAUGGGAUCAGCAACGUAUGGUUGGAGCAUCUUGGUAACACUGACGGAAUAUGGAAUCAUCACGAUAUGCAGCAUGUCUCUAUUGCUUUUAUGCUUUGGUGGGCAGGAUUAUGUGGUAUGCUAGUUGAAUCGAAGGUUGUUCGCAGAUUUUUGAACACUAGCUUGUCCUACGCAUUACACCAAUCUCCUCAUGAAGAAGGAAGCCCUGCUUCUGAUGAGAGUUCCUCUGUCUCGUUGAAUCUUUUUCCUGCGAUAACGGUGUUUUUCACUGGCGUCAUGAUGUCCUCUCACGAACAGAAAAGUCAAAUUUCAACAGUUAUUCACGUUCUUUGGGGCCGAUUGCUUUCAGCCGCAGCUGUUUCUCGUGCGUGCACAUAUAUUCUACUAUAUGUGAAACGACCAAGUUCACCAUGGCCAACUCGUCCUCCAACAGAGAUUGUUACAAGUUUUUGCUUAAUCUGCGGAGGAAUCAUGUUUAUGGCAUCUUCUUACGAUGUUGUAAAUAAAAUCCGGGUGAACGACUUGUCUGCUAUGCUGCUCAUGAAUAUGUGUGUUGCUUUAACUUGUAUCAUAAUGGGUCUUGAAUUAUUCUACUUAGGAUUAAAAGGAUACGCUCAUGCAAAACAAAAUUAAUUUAAUAUAUAACAUAAUGAAAAAGGGGAGUCAUAAAGCACCCUUUGCUGUCCUAUAUAGACUUUAUUCAUUUGCGGAAACAUGUUCUGCAGUGAAUCUUACAAGUACAAAGAAAGAUAUUAAUAUGAAUUGAGAACCAACCAACUAAUUUUAGAUAAUAAUGAAAAAAAACUCUAGAAGAACAAAACC